UGCAUGCUAUAUACCAGUGAAUGCCUUCUUUCAACAAUAGUGGACAUCCAGGAGAUGAAACUUCGCAUUUCAUCGUUGAGAUAGCUCAGCUAAGACGAGAACUGGUAGUUGCACAAGAGCAGAUAACAGAAUUGCGGUCCAGGAAUGCAGCACUGGAGAAAGAACUGCGCCUGGUUCGUCAUCAGCUGCGAGGAGGAGGCUCAGGAGAUCAAUACGUCCACGUGAGCUCGACGAGUCCGGGUGGAAUUGCCGCGAAUCGCCGUAGCUGUCCUGGGGGACCUGUGGCUUUGGUACUGCGAGAACCAGAGGGCAGAAUCAGAGCUGGCGCUGCUGAGAAGAUAGUGUGGACGCGAGUGAACGGCCGAAUGGUUCCAGUGAUGAAGGAUGAAAGCAUGGAACCUGGUCCUUUACCUCGGCGGUAUGACGAAGCUGCAACUCAGGAAGAAACGGGGCAGGACGGGGAGCCCUCGCAGAGCUCGCAGAAGGUUGAAGUUCCUGCGAGGGAGCGGCCACUGCUUGCAGAAAAUGCUGAGUCUCUCUCACAGGUGGAACUUGAUGGGUUCCUGUCAAGCCAGUUUGAGGGCAUGUCAUACGGUUCGGGUGACGUUAGCGGGCAGUACUCCGCCUUCAGCAACGGGAUCAUCACUGACUAUCUCCGCUAUGUUACGGAGAGUGGCGAUCGAAGCCGCGUCGCUGCCGUCCUGCAUUCGCUGAGUCAAAUCACAGCGGUGAAGAGUCCCUCUAGUGGUCAAUUUAUGGCACACAUUCAGAAAGGCUUGAGCCGCGGCAACAAACGGAAACAUAAAUCUAUCUCGUGGGCGCUGAACUUAUUCUGCGUGCACUUGGAUAUCUGCCGUAUGCUGUACUUGUUGAAGGAGCUCGACGAUCAGUCGCUGGCCGCAGCGUGUGAAAAGGAAUGGAAUGCUGCGGCUGAGUUGUACCACCGGGUCGCCGUGCACAUGGAAGAUCUCCAUCAUGCAGUUCUGUUGGGAAAAGGCGAAGAUGCUAAUACGGUACAAGACGAUCCUGAGUGGCAAGAUAUCAGUCCCAACAUCCCUCCAACACCUUGUGAAUUUCUCGAGCGUUUCGUGCUUCCACACUGCCUCUGGCAAAUCCCCUUCGUGGAGCUUCAGCGGAGAUGUCUACAGCAUCUCGACUUUGACGUCGACGAUGAGAUUAUGGACCGGUUGUGGUCCCGAGCGGGUGACUUGCCUGACAAACAACGCGAGGACCGACGAGAUGUGGCUCGGAAGCGAGCCGAGAAUAGCGUAGUUGAAGAAGAUGAGCCUGUUGAAGGUGACGCAGCCUUGGAUGAGCUCGACGAACCAGAUCCGCCGAGGAAAUCGCGAAAGUCAAUUGAGGAGGCCGUGCAGGACGAAAUGGUCCGCCGAAGGAAGACCGCGUCAGCAAAAGAGACCGCAACUGAGAGUUCGAGUUUCAUCGGGAAGCCACAGGCCGAUCGAGCCAGGCGCAUGGAGCGGUAUCACCGGAAGCCUAAGGGGCCGAAUAUUGAAGUCCGUCAACACGUCCCUGGUGGGAGCUUUUACGAUGAAUAUGGGCACUUCGGCAAUGGUUUCUUCGGUCACGAGGAUCAGUCGUUAUCGCCGCUUGCUGGUCGUAUCAGACUCAGCGCAGAGGCUUUCGACCCACCAGGAAUCGAGUUUGGGCCCUCCUCUCUGAUCUCGCCGGCUAAUUGCGAUACUGCGCUGCUUCCUGCUGUGCCAGCUAUGGCUCCGAAGAGGGUUUCUCCAGUCAGACGUCCGAGAGUCCUGGUGCCGGCCACGCCUCUGACGAUUGAGCGUCGGCGAGGGGAAAUGGCGGCUAACCACGGUUGGCUUGGAUAUGCUGCUUUUGGCAGAGGUACUCCCACCGAACAUAGCAGACGCCUGUUCACGCCAGUGGGCUCAACGUCCGGUUCCCGCGGUCUUUUUUCACCAGGAGAUGUGCCGCAACUACCUGCACUCCCACUGGAAGCUACUAUGGCGUUGUUGGAAAUGACAACCCCGACGCCGGCUACUCGGAACAAACGAUCGAUGCUGCGCAGCCGCUCUAUCUCUAAGUGUAGCGCGAGGAAAUCACAAGAGCCGGAGCCUAUCAACCUGGCGGCUAAGGUCUUACUGAGCCCGCUGGCCACAGUGCCGGAGGAGUGUCCUGAUGAACAGGAGCAGGCCUCGGUGCCAGCGUCCUCUCCUGAAGAUUCAGUUGCGAGUGGGGCUCCGUCCCUCAAUGCUCCCACGGGCCCUGGUCUGGCCUUCGAGAUGAUAGAGUCACCACGACGCCAGCGACGCAAGAGGAGGAGUGAGGCUUUCGCGGCUAGCUCUGUGGACCACUUCGGCGGGUGCGAUGAGGCUCUACCCAACGGGUCGAAGCGGAUGAAGACGGCUUUGUGAGGAGAACGGUCCCUGCGGUAUCCAGCUGAUCAAGAGGAGGUUCUCUACUUUCUGACAAUGUAGCUGUAGCAUGCCCAGUUGCCAAUCUGUGAG